GAUACAUUGACCCCGAUAAGUUUGAUUUUCAUACUUUUUUACUCCCCCUGGAGGAAGAGAGAUGUCGCAAAGGGGGUAUAAUGAGCUCUGGGCAGAUGUCCAGUUGCAGUUGAGUCGUCUUCUAGCUGAAGAGCUGCCUGCUGAACCCCCCCGUCCACAAAAAGACAGGGUGGUGUUCUUCCAGCAGCUGGCCCUGCUGUAUGUGCGCUACAUCCAAAUCUUCAGGCAGCUCGAGAUGGUCCAUGACCAGGUGGUCCACCCUCAGAAAAGACGACUCAUUCGGAAGAUCCUUGAUGGCAUAAUAGGGAGGGUGUUGGAGCUGAAGAAUGAAAUGGUGGAAAAGGAGUUUUCAGAGUACCACUAUAUGGAUGAUGUUCUUCAUGACUUGAAGCUCACACCUGCCGCACUUGAGAUCCCCAUCCCUCGCUACUUUCUCAGUGAGCAAAGCAAAGAAGUCCAAGAACGAAAAGCUAUGCUGAUGGAUUUCCUCAAAAUGAUGGAGGAUUCUGAAAAUCUUGAUCCUGUGAUAGCCAUGACUCAAGAGGAAGCCAUUAGGUUUAUUCAAGUUGCAGAGAGGGCGCGACAACGGCGUCUGAGGGCAAAGCUGAAAGAGCAAGAGGACAAGACCGAGAUUACUGAAACAGAGAUGGAGAGAGUUGCCAUCUGCUUUCAAAAGUUCUGGAGGGGCUACAUUGGCAGGAAAACAACGAAAAAAAUUCGAAAUGAAAAGAUGAUUUUUCUGGGAAUGUCUCUGGAUCCAAAAUAUCAGGCGCCAUGCCCUGCAGAGAUCGCUGCCCAAGCCACUGAAACUUCCAAUCGGGUCAAACAAAAGAAGAAUGAGGAAGAUUAUCAGAAGGCUGUGAUAGCUGUCACAAACCAGCUACGGGAAGUGGAGGGUGAAGAGAUGAGGAACAAAAUGAAAAGCAAAAUUCGCAAGUGGUUCUUUGAACACCGUAAUGCUACAGGAGUGUUCCCAGACUAUCCAGAUGAAGAGGAUGGAGGAUCAGCCCUCAUUUUUACUGAGAAGAGCCCUCAGCUGGUAAAGGAAGAAAUUGAUGCAAUAGAAGAGGAGGAAUCCAACAAUAAAUCUGCAGACAAGGAAAACAAGAAGGAAAAAGAUAAAAAGAACAAGCUGAAGGAUGAUGAGGAAGAGGAGGAGGCUGGGCUGAAGAUGAUGCCUUCUGCUUUCCUGCCAGACCUGGAAGAAGGAAACAAAGCUUACACAGAUUUUUGGGAAAAACGCAACGAGUCCAAAAACGUCAGCCAGAAGCACGAGGUGGAGCUGAUCAAAGAAGAAAUGAGAAAAGUCAUUCAGUCAGAAAUUCGACGACAGGUAGAUGAGGAGAUGAGACAAGAGCUGGCUGAGCUGAAGAUGGCUGUGGAUAAAGACAAGGGCGGAAAAACUAAAGCAAACGCUAAGAAGAAGAAAGGAUCUAAGAGUGGAAAGAAAAAGAAAAAGGAAAAAGAUCUGACUGCUGACAGGAGGUUGGAGUCUCUGUGUCAGGAGCUGGUGGAGCAGGGCUUGUUGAAGCAAGUAAACAAUGUCAGGCUGAAGGAUUAUUUGGGUCAUUUUAGCAACCUUGGGACCACGCUGAGGCAAAAUGACAUUGAGCCCAUGCCAUCAUUAUCAGAUGUGCGGCAAGUCUUAUCUCUAUAUGCAGUAUUGCCAUUAGGCUCUCAAGUGGUACAUGAGAAGGCUCCUUUGAUAAAAGCCAUCCUACUGGUAGGGCCUGCAGGCGUAGGUAAGAAGAUGCUGGUCCAUGCAGUUUGCCAGGAGACAGGUGCCAGCCUGUUCGACUUGUCACCUCUGAACACGGCAGGAAAGUACCCGGGCAAGGAUGGUCUUGCCAUGAUGCUUCACAUGGUGUUUAAGGUCGCAAGACUUCUGCAACCUUCUGUAAUAUGGAUCGAUGACGCAGAAAAGAUGUUCUACAAGAAAGUUCCCAAAGAAGAAAAAGAGUUAGAUCCUCAGCGGUUGAAGAAAGAUUUGCCCAAGUCCCUAAAACUGAUCAAAGGAGAGGAUCGUGUCUUGAUAAUAGGAACAACUAAAGACCCGUUAGGUGCAGAUAUUAAAUCGCUGUGUAAAAUGUACAGCAAAAUCCUCCUCAUCCCAAGACCCGACUAUGUCUCAAGAUCCAUUUUGUGGAAGGAACUGAUCCAAAAGACAGGAGGUGAGGUAACCGAGGCCUUGGACCUCAGCUCUCUCGCAAUGACAUCUGAUGGCUACACUCCAGGACACAUAGUCCAGGCUGUUCGCAGUGUUGUGACCAAGUAUCGCAUCAAGCAGCAGGCAAAGAGACCUCUCACUGCUAAUGAAUUUGUUCCACCAUUAGCCAAACUGGACCCUGUGUUCCAGGAUGAGGAAGAGGCGUUGAAAAACUGGUAUGCAAAGACCCCCCUGGGAAAGAAGAGAAUUAAAGCUGCCACGGGAGGGGAAGAGGAAAAUGCUGCAGUUCGAGGCAAAGAUGCAAAAAAGAAGGGAAAAAAAUAG